UAACGGCUGAUGAUGGAGUCUGAAAUAACCCCCUUCAAACCAAACAAACUGUAAACAAUGUAAACUUUCAGUAAUUUUAAUUCAAAACGCGCAUAAAAACGCGUCCUUUUACUGUAAGCGUCAUUAUACAAAGUAUCUGGUGCAGUACAUUAUAAUGAUAUCACUUGUUGGGCUUUAAAUAAAAAUACCAACGAAACUGUGAAUCUCAAGUUCAUAAGGUUUAAAAAUUUUCCUUUAAGGAAGCUAUAAGUAAAAGGUUCAACUAAAUGUGUCUAGCAAAGUUUCAAACAAGACGGGAACUUAGGAUUUUCAGUCAUCUUGCAUAACUGUUUAUAUGUAUAAAAAGGUAAAAAUCUAGAGUGGACAAAACUGGAACAUGGAUGCUCUCUUACCCUCAGAAAUUGCAAGGCUUGUUCUUGGAUACCUGCAGGAACAAAAGUGCGAUGAAGCAGCCAAAAUAUUUAUGGAGACGUCGCCUCUCUUGAAAGAAUGUAGAAUCGUGUCGCAAAGAGGUGGCAGAUAUACUACAAAAGUUGGGGGCUUCAGUUUAGUGGAUAUUUUAGACAAGUAUUGUGCUGCUGUUGGGAUGGUUCAAGAGAAACUAAACAAAACAAACGAUUUGGAACAGUUCAAACACUGCGAUGAUAUAUUGGAGAAGCUAGGAUAUCUUUUGGAAGGAUCAAAAAAACGUUUCGUUGUAAAUAUAAAUUAUUCGUCACAGAAUUCAUCAGCUGGAUUGUACAAUAGUCCAAAUACGUCAAGUAGUACAAAGAAACGACUUAGCGGUGGUCAGGGACGUCGCAAGGGUAUUCCAAAAUCUCUCAGCGCUUUUUUAAUAGACAAGUCGUCUCAGAUUGAGGGAAACCAAGAUUGUGAUGUACGUGAGACGGUAUCUCAUGAAUUUGAAUGUCAAAAAUUGUCGACAGAACGAAAUAAUACCGAAAAUAAAAGGUUUUCUAAUGAUCAGUUAUUGAAUGACGUAAAUGUAAAUAAUGUUGAAGAAAAUAGAGCUUCUAAGUCGUUAAGUGUAAAUUCAGAUGGAAAUAUCGAAGAAUCAAGCUCUAACACUGUAAAUAUUAAUCACAAAGAUCAAGCAACUGAAACUAUUCAAACUAAUGAUUAUGAAAAAAAUGUCAACAAGUGUACAGCAGGGACAAGUACGGAAGAGUUGAUGAGUUAUUGUUGUACUGAAGUGCAAACUGGGCUUGACUUUAACGAAAUGGAGUCUGAAGUUACCGAACCAAUCGAGAAUUUAAGUAUUAUAACCCAAGAACUUAUGAAUAGAACGGAGCUGCAGCAACGGAUUGCUGAAAACAUCAAUAAUGCUAUUUUACCCAUGGAAUUAUCUUUUCACGGAGAUAACGCGAAUUUAAGUUUGACAGACUUAAAUAAAUCUAAAUUGUGUGAUUUAGAUAAUGUCAUUAAGACAGCAGUUGAAGCCACAGAACUAGAUCUUGAAGGGUUCAUACAGGAGAUAUUUGAUGUCAAGGACCAAAAUCCUCCAAUAGGAGAAAUUCCUGUUACAAGAGAUGAUCCGGUAUCAGAACCAAUGGAUAUUGAUGUACAAGAUACUGCUAAUCUAAUGCAAAAUUAUCAUCAACAGUUCAAUAAUUUCGAGAUACCGAUUAAACAAAGACUGCGCAGCUCGUCAAAGUCUUAUAACGUUCAUGGAGAGGAAGAGGAAAACAAUGCUUUGCUGGAUAAUCAAAAUGCAGAAGCAGUGAUGAAUAUCAUGAAUGUUAUCAACUACAAAAGGAAUUCUCUAACAGACAGUGAACCACCCUUUGAAGAAUAUGACAUUGAAACAAAUGAAGGUGAAGCUGCCAAGGAAAAUGUUAUUAUCGAAAAUGCACCUGCUGAACCAAAAAUCACUAAAAAUGCCACUAAAACUACUAAAUCGAACAAAACUAUUGCGAAAAAGCCAAAACAGAGGACAAAAAAAUCUUCAAAAAUAGAAAGUAAAAAAGAACUCGAUGUUGAGGAUAUCGUUCCCACUGUCGUGCUAUGCACAGAACCGUUGAAACCUAAAAGAAAGUACGUGUCAAUCGCAACAAAGGAAGGCCAACCUCCACCGCAAUUGGAACUCGCAGAAUUACCAACGCUUUCUUAUCGCGUUGUCAAUGUACCUCGUCGUCUCGUUAAACCUGAACAAAUCGAACUAUCAAAAAUGUCGAACACACUUGUCCAAAAGGCUCUCCAAGAAUAUCAACCGAUCUGUUCAAAACCCAGCAAUGAUGUUCCAAUCAUGCCAAUCGGUGUGCAAAUCGAUGAGCAACUAGAACCACCACCUCCUACCAGUGAUUCGAUCACGCUUUACGGCGCUCAAGAAAGCAAUAAUACACCAGCGACGAUGAUUCAAUCGAUCGAGGACAUGCCGAUAAUAAGUCUAGACAGUUCGCCAAUGUCCGGCCUGAGAUUCUCCUCCGCUUUUAAGGGCGCGACUGUCCCAACCAGUGCGGAAACUGAAACUGUCGGCAUUAUCGUUCUUGAAGGUGAAAAUAGUACGGAGCAAUCAAAAGACAAGAAAUCAGUUAUCACGGAAGAUAAAGUUGCCGAGAUAACAGAGGAGAACACCGAUCUUGGUAAGUCAGUCAUUGUGUCGGACGAGCCUGAACCGGUUGUGCAGUCGGAUGCAAGCGCGAAACUUAAGUGCGACGAAAUCAUAGCCAAGCGUACACCAAACACUCUGCUGAGAUCUCGCUCCGAGAACAACCGGCUCAGUCUCUCGACACCACGACGUCGCAACAGUCACGUCCGAGCCCUCGACUUUGGCACGCCUGUCAAGCAAACUUUAAUUACGAACAAAGGUAGCCAAUCGUGCAUUAAACCUUCCGUCUGUAGAGGGGCUCUGUUCAAAUCUCCAGUCUACGAAAAAGAGGAUGCCCCGGCCAUGGCUCAACUCCAUGUGGCCACGAAAAAGGUAAGAACGCUGGCGCCUACCAAGUCCUCGACGCGGGUCGCCUUGAUGCAAGUGCCAAUCGCCACGAGGAGCCCCAUGCAAAAGCUUCGCGGAAACUGGAACAAAGUGGCAGGCAUUGGUAUGAUCCUCAACGAGUCUUCGACGGGCGAGAGUUCGCCUGAAAAAUCACAGCCAGAUUAUCCUGCACCGCCGUCUCCCGCCCUUGCAUCCAAGUCCGCUGAAGUGAAGGUGGAGAGUAACGGUCUGCACAAGAGCUGGGAUAGCGAUCUGAGGAGAAUCGUCGGUAGCUCGGCUGACGAAGAAGAAGAGGAGAAAAUAAAAAGUAAUGGUAAGAGCCAAAGACAGAAAAGAAAUUUAUCUGUCAAGGUCACGUCGAAAGACCAAUUCGAGGACAAAAAGGUGCCAGAAAAAGACUCUGAAAAUAGUGAUAGUGUUAAAAAAAAGGACUUGAAACAUGAUGUGAUUACAAGUAUUAAUGUUAAAAAAAAGGACUUGAAACAUGAUGUGAUUACAAGUAUUAAUGUUAAAAAAAAAGACAAUGUUACAAAAUAUAUGUUAGAGAGUGUAGAUACUGAAAAUAAUGAACUAAAAGACGAGACCGAAGGUGUGUCAAGUGUUACAAAAAAAGAGAAAUCUGUCGAUCAAAAAGUCGGAACGCCGUCCGCGCUUAAAUGUAAAGUAUUAACUAAUUCAAACCUUAAUGUCACUCCACUGCAGUCUGUGAAAAAAUCAGAACAAAAUUCUAUCGAUUACGAUUCAUCUAUUAAUAAAACGCUAAUUUCAAAAAACUCGUUAGAUUCAUUGUGUAUUGCGUCCCAACUAUUAGAUCUCGAAACUCCGCGUAAAACCGAAAUAACGAAUUACAUACCACCGACACCACAAGUUUUCGCUACUCCAGCCCAAAGUUUAAGAAAGUCGGCUGGUGCGAAAAUUGACAUUACUAUCAAGGGCUCUGUGGAAACGCCAGAAUUUCCGGUCACACCGUGCAUUGUAGUCACACCAAAAUUCAUUGAGGAAGAUACCAAGAAACAUUCCUCGCCGUAUUUUGAACCAUCGGAGGAGAUUAUGAAGGAAGUCGCUGAAACGCAGAAAAUGAUGGUACAAGAAACAACGUCUACUAUAAAUGUACGAAAAAGUGUUGUAGAACUUCCCGAACACAAAGCUAUCGAAAUAACACAAUUCGGGGUUGUAGAGAGAAAUAAAGAAACACUCAAAGAAGAAGAACAAGCUACCGAAGACACUACACUUGAGUCCAAAGACACAUCAAACGAUAUGUCAAACGACACUUCUAAAGGCACUUCAAAAGAGUCUGCAGAAGCUGAAGAUGCCAACACUAGCGUAAACUCAUACUCGGACAGUGAUAAUGAAUCGUCUUCUGACAGUUCAUGCUCAUCCUCAUCUUCUUCCUCAUCUUCAACCACAUCAUCAAGUUCAUCAAGCCUUUCAAGCAGCGAUUCGUCCGUGGUAAAAUCUGAAAUUUUCGAUACUCGAGAUGAGCUUAAAGAAUCAGUCCUUGAUAUUUCGAAAGGUAGCCCUUCAAAGCCAAUACAAAUACUCACAGAAAUCAAUCACGAAGAAACCUCGAAUCUUGAGGAGAAUAACAGCUCUCCUAAAAAGGUAUUUUCAGUAAUGAAACAUUCUGAAGAAAAGACUGACCAAGAAACACCAGCUAAAGAUGAGAUUGCCGAGGCUGUAAUAUUUGAAACGCCAAGUGUAUCGGAAGCAGAGCGUGCACAGCGACGUGAUUCCAUUACAAAUUUGAAUUCUAAAAUUUCAGCAGAAAUUGCCCUCUUGGCUUCACCUUCUCAAAGUACCGCAGAGCCGCCCGCUACAAACAAAAUAUUGAACGUGGUCAAACCCAAAAUUAUCAAGAUCGAAAGAAUAGCGCCGACUGACGGAAUUACGAUCCAAGUGUCAAAGAUAUUACAAUCGCAGGAGACUUUAGUAUCUACUUUAGCGCGACACCAACAGGUAAGUUUAAGCGCAGAUACGAUACUCGGCCAACAGUUGGAGCAGAAACGUCUAAGAGUGUUGGCCAAAUUUAAAGAAGUCGGAAAUGCUAAGGUAGCUGCUCAGCCAAGAAGACUAUCGGAUGAAAAAAAGCAGAGAAAGGCUAUUGCAACUGUGAUGAACGGAAUUGACGAACAGGAAAAAGUAUCAUCGACAUCUGAUAAUCUUAAGAGUGAGAGAAACUCGUGCGAACAGAAGCCAAGUGAGGGAAAAAUAAUGGGCAAGGAAGAAGAUAGUGUUGAGAAAAAAGAAGAAAAAUCAAUAAUCAAGAAAGAAGUAAAAACAGUGAUGAAGAAAGAAGAAAAAGUUGUAAGCAGGGAAGAAAAAACUAUGGUCACUCGAAGUGUUAGAGCCACACAGAAAGCUAAUGAAGCAGAUUCGAAAGAAAAUCAGAGAGUUGUGUGUCGGUCAAGCCCGCGGAAGAAAUCUUAUCAGAUUUCGAAUCCAACCGAUAAUAAUCAGGUUAAAAAUUCUAAAAAGGAAAACGUUGUCAAAGAAUCAAUAGUGAUACCGGCAGAAAAUUUCAAAGGUAUAUCAAAAGCAAAAGUCGAUCUGGUUAAACGCGAUCUAUUCAGUGACGAUGAGAAUAGCGAACAGCGGACAACGCGAUCACAAUCAACUCGACUAUCCGUGACAUUGUCUGAGAGUCAAAGGAGUAAUGAGGAAAAUUCAAACAACGACAACUCCAAAUUACUUGAAUGCUUACAGCUUAUACCUGCAAACAAAAGCGAUGUUGAAAUUCACGAUCUCAGUGAAGAGAUUGAAGAAGAAAUGUUCAAUACUAGUGGCAGGAAUAAGCUAGAUAUAAUGUUAAAAUAUGAUGAAUCGAUACCUAUUAAAAAGCGUCGACGUAAUUACAGUAGUUCAGAGUUGCAAAGCGAAUAUAUAUUUCAGUCUGAUGGCGAUGAUUACGUUCUCAAUUUGAUGCCUCUUGAAGAAAUUUUUAAUCUAGAUCCGUCAUCAAAGUCAAAAAAGACAGUGCAGAGUUCUAAAAAAUCACUAGCAAAGACUAGCAAAAAGAAUAGUAAAAAUUUCGAAGUUCCUUUAGCAACUUCUUCACCAUUAAAAACAUCUACAAGUAAUAAGACUUCCGAAGAUAGAAAAACAAAAUCUUGCAAAAGAAAAGCAGUAGAUGUGGCAGAAGAUGAAAAGGUGGAUAGUAAAACAAAACCAGAUCCUCUGUUUUUAUUGAAGAAAGUAAAAAUAGAUGAAUUUUUAAAGUCUGUACAUGUAAAAGAAAAAUAG